AUGUAUAUACGCUUCUCCCGCUUCUUCCCGUCCUUCAAGCCCUUAUCGGACUCGAACUCGAAGGAUAUAUCCUCACCCUCGACAUUGUCCCCAUCGUCACCCUCGAUCCCAGACUCCAACUUGAUCUCGUCCACACGAACCCGAAUUCCAUUCCUCUCUCACCUCCAAUCCAAACAACAGCAGAAACAAGUCCGCUGGGGCCCAAUCACCGAAAUCCCCCCAAUCAAACCAGAACCAGAGGCACGUCCACAUCCACUCCGAGGAAACCCCCUCCCCCAACUCAAAUCCAAACCCAAGCACAGCAAUGCCAAACCAAUCCGCAGACCCCCGACCCCAUUGGACCAAGAAAUGUUCCACAGAAACCUCUGGGAGAUGAUCCACCAAGCCGAAGCAAAGGUAAAGCUCAACUACGAGUAUCUGAAUCUCUCCGGUGAGAGUGAGCGUGAUGAUCGUGUCCUCGAUGCGUGGUUCAGGGUUGAGGAGCAGGCGAUGCAUAAAGGGGUGAACAGGGUUGCUAGGACUCCGGUUCAGGCGCUGGUGCAGGCGCAGGCAAGGCCGAAGAUUGCGAAGAGGAAAAAGAAGACGAAGAGAGUCAAGGUUUGUUUGGCGAGGGGAGUGUUGGAAUCCGAGAAGGAGGGAGGACUUUUUGGUGAGGCUGAGGUGUCUUUGAAGGGUAUGGAGAUGGGCCAAGGUGCUGAGAAGGCUAUGGAUGGCUGA